CAAGAAGCAAUGGUUCUGCACACGUUAGCACGCUCGAGAAGCGUAUGGGCUCCUUCUGUGGUAUCGCGCCUCAGCGUAUGGUCCCUCCUUCGUUCAAUACCACAUACACUUACUUACCACGCUUUGCGCAGNGCGAGACAAUUCCAUGCCUCAUUAUCGAGGUCGCUCCACGAGGUGCCUAACCUAAUCUACAAGGAAGAGUUUGAAUCAAAUGGAAUCGCCGGUCUUAUGACCAAGGAGUCAUACGACAUUGCAUACAACCAGAACAUGGCCUUCCUCGUCGAUCGACUGAACAAGGCCACANNAAAGGUUGCUAUACCGAAACCCACGCGACAUGAUAGCUCCGACCACGAGAACUCGACCACCAAGCAACUUGUCCUUUCCUUUGCCCGCAACCCUAGCAUGGCCGCCGUCUUCUCCGCCGCCAGCAUGGCCCACAACACGCAUUUCUUCUUCGAUUCGCUGUCGCCCUCCCUCGAUACCAACCACCUCGACAACUACCCUCUCCUCAAAGAAGCCCUGAUCAAGUCAUUCGGCAGCAUCGACACCCUCUGGAGGACAAUGCUGACCACCGCAAACGCAAUGACUGGUCCUGGUUUCGUCUGGCUGGUUCAGGCAAAGCAGCGCUCCACCUCGGCCGCUGGCAACACGUCCUCUCUGCCCGAAUACAGAAUCCUGACCACCUACAACGCCGGCACUCCAUACCCCGAAGCCAUCUACCGCCAACAAGGCGUUGACCAGAGCACGGCAACUGGAUAUAAUGGCUCAGCUGGCUCCUUCGGUUCCACCUCUGCCCGUGGAAGAGACACACCCAAGCUUCCNCCGGGUACUGAGCUCAUCACUCCUGCGCUCUGUGUCAGCACUUGGGAGCACUGCUACCUGCCCCAGUACGGCGUCGACGGAAAGGCAAAGUACCUGAUCGAGUGGUGGAAGUCCAUCAAUUGGGGAGCUGUCGACAACAGAGUCGAGAAGAGACAGAAACUCGGCGACAACACCGGUUUCGACAAGGGCCCCAGUGUAUAA